AUGUCAUCACCACCUACAUCACCGGAGUUGCCCAAGUACGCGGAGAGGGUCGCGGGUUCACGGCCACAGGGAAUGGAAGCUAAACUGGCAGAAGCACUUGAUAACGAGUGGAAGAGGACUGAGGAGUGUCGUGAGAAGGAAAGGGAGAUUUGUGAGCUGCGGAAAAGGUUGAGAGAGUUCGAAAGAGAUAUAGAGCGGGGGCGCUUAUUGGGCAGUGGGGAAAAUGAGGGGGAUGAUGUAAAGCUGAUGAAAGAGAUGAGGAGUCUUGAGGAACAGGUGGACGAGUGGAAGGAUAAGGAGGUGGAGGCGUUGACGAGAGUGAGGGAGUUGGAGGGUGAGAGGGACCGAGCUCUUGAGGAGGCGCGAUGCCUUGAGGAGAAGCUGCAACAAGAGCGGCAGAAAAGGCUGGCUCUCGAAAGGGCUGAGGAGGAGUUGAGAACGCAGUGUAAGCAAUUGGAGAAAAAAAUAUCAGUUUUACGGGAGGAGAACUCAACACUGGAAGAUGAGAAGCAGAUGGCAAUAGAAGGUCACUCGGCGGUUUGCAACAGACUGUAUAAUGUCCAGGCUGAAUUGGAUAGCGCUCUGGAGGAGCUGCGUACGAGGAGGGGAAGGUCCUCGACAACGGGGAUAUGCAGUUUGGAGGCAGAGUUGGAAGGUUCGACGAAGAAGGAGUUGGAGCAGUUGAGGUCAACCGUCCAGAAGUUGCAAAGUGAACUUCGGGCUACUGACAAGGACGCGGUGGCUCGGUUGAAGGCACAGCUUGGAGUUAUGCACAGUUGGAAGAGCACAGCAGAAUCGGCGAGACGACAAGUGUUGGAGACUAUCGCGGAGAGGGACAGGCGAGUGAAGAUGGUGAUGGAAGAGCUACGGUGUCAGGAGGACAGAGUAGAGGUCAAUGCAAGUACGGUGUGUAUGCUCGAGAAGAUGGCUAACACGUCGGAGCAGCAAAGUAUUCGGUUGAGAUGGGCAAUGUCGCAGUUGGAGAAGGAGAAUGAGUGGAUGCGGGAGAAGAUGAAGUCGUUGGAAGAGGAGAUAGACGCAUUACAUGAUCGCAUAUAUUUUAAGUGA